CACCUCCUUGAUUUGCCGUUGAAGGAAGAAAUGCAAUUUUUCAAAAUUGAACUUUAACUGCUCAGUUUCUGUGUAGAUUAAUGGAUUUGUAGUAAGCCAUUAACAUGGGAAUCUUCAAGGAGAAGAAAAAUGCAUCUGGGCUAGCUACUUCACCUUGUGCUCAACUAAGAGAGGCUUACCAUAAUUGCUUCAACAGGUGGUAUUCUGACAAAUUCUUGAAGGGUGAGUGGAAUAAAGAGGAGUGUGUCAUAGAGUGGAAGAAAUACAGAGAUUGUCUAUCUCAACAUCUGGAUGAUAAACAUUUAAGUAGAUUCUUGGAAGCUGAUGGUGCUAAUCAAAAUGAUUCAAAGAGCUCUGCUGCUGCUUCCAAGUAACACACAAGUGAGCAUCUUGAAGUACCAUGAAAAGGAAAUGUGAUUUAAAGUAAAGCAUAAUUAGAAUGUUUUUGUAAUUGUAUUUGAUGUCAAGUU